AUGGCGAUGGGAUUGUCUAAAGAAGAAUUACUUAACAGCCUAGAUGACUUGAAUCAAGAGAUCGAUGACUAUUUCGAAUUAAGCCUAGAGAAGGCCAAAGAGCGUUAUCGGUUAGUCCGCUACGGUCCUAAGAUCAAAGUAAUUGACAAGAUCGCAGAGAAAAAUGCAGCUGUUCGGAAUUGGAAAAGCGGCAUCAGGACGAAUUACAGCUUGUCAGAAUCCAGAUUCCGCAAAAUAUGGGAAUCGCUGCAGAAUAACCCCGAGCUAGAUUUGUGCACUGUAGCAGAUAGACUGGGUAAUAUUAGGCUGUUUCAAAUUCAGAAACUUGGCGCGAUACUGGAGAAUGUCAGUCUUUCUGUGAAUGAAGUAACUGUGCUGGAGGAGAACUUUCAGAGAUUCAGAGACACACUGAAGUCAAUGAAUGUGAGGGAAGAAACCUUUCGGAGUUUUUUGCAGUGGCAAAAAGGCCUAUGCGGCGAGGCUGAGAUCUUCGAACAAUUACCGAAACUUACGUGGAAUAACUACAAGUAUCAAUGGACCGGAAAUGCGUUCCGAGUAUGCAUUCCGACUAGAAACCUGAGCGUUUACACAGCUUAUUGCAAGUUUUACACUAAGCUGGGCGUAUGCACUAAUCCAAGCUGUAAAUUUGUUCAUGACCCGAGAAAUGUGUCCAUUUGUAAAGAUUUCUUGACGACAGGCCGAUGUAGGUACGGCCAGAAUUGCAGGUUAACGCACUCCCAAGGAAAUGAAUACGUGCAACCACAUUGCAAAAAGUUUACAGAGCACAAUUGCGAGUACGAGGUCGGUUCGGAGACUCAGCCGAUAGGAACUCAGCCGAUAGGAACUCAGCCGCACGAAACUCAGCCCGAAGCACUCACUUGUCGUUACAUUCACUCUCAGACCAUGAACUUGCAAUACCCGCUCUGCCGGCAGUUCGCACACAUGGCGUUUUGCUACCGGGGUCGCUACUGCCAGUUCCCGCACUUAAUGGAGUGCCCGGAUUGGCGCAGCAGCGGCCAGUGUUUUCUGGUGCAUUGCAAAUACCCGCACCGAGAGCUCUCCGAAGUGCAUCCAAUCACUGCUUCUGCCGCUACUUUGCCAUCAAAAACAUGCUCGCUACUUGACAUCCCCAACGAGGCGUAUCUGCUGCCACCGCUACGCAAAAGAGAUCCGCGCGCUGCUGCGGGCUCCUGGUACGGCAUGCGUUCGAGCCAGCAAUGCAUUAAUGUGAAGAAAACGGAACCUGCCACGGCACCAAGAGAAUCUAUACACCUACCGUUGGAAUCAUCGAGUGAUGACGAAUCUGAUACGAGCCACUCCAGCUCAGAGACUUACGAAUAUUCGGGCGAUGAGCUCGACGCGGAUUUUAUUAAGCUUUGA